AAAUAAAAGAUGUCUGAAAAAUAAUUGGAUAGUCAAUAUAAAUUACAAGAGUAGGAAACAUAAUCAGGAAAUAAUAUGGAUUUGAAUAGUCCUUAAGGUAGUAGUAGUAAGAAGAAAGCAAGAGCACGUACAGCAUCUGAAAGGACCUUUAGUGCUGCUGAAACCUUAUAUGGUCGACCUAGAAAUACAGGAUCAAUGAUACUAUUGAGAACAGCUGAUUAAUUUAAUAAAAAGGUUAUUCAUGAUGUGAUUAAUCAUUCUCCAUCAAAACAACAAUAUUCAUUUGCUAAAGCUACAAGAUUCUCGAAACCUCGUUCCAGCUAUUGUCAACAAUAAUUUUAUGAUUCAUAGUAUAUUAAUCUUAUUUAUACUAUUAGAAUAAGAACAUCUCUUGGCAAAAGAACAUGCAGUUUCGGAUAUGGUAUAAAAUUUGACUUUGCAAAAUUAACUGAUAAGUAUAUUCCACCCCCUACUGCUUAUACCAUUAAAUCUAAACCUAAACCAGUCACUAAAUUUGGAUAUGGUAGAGAAGAAACUAAGGCAGUGGGUAUUUAUGGAAAUACCAAUAAGAAUCCUGCACCAAAUACAUACAGUUUGAAAGAUACUUUCUCCAAUUUAAAAUUUUCAUUUGGAGAAAGGACUAAAGCCAAACGUAUCUAAUUAUAUAAUUUUAGACAUAUAUUUGGAAUCUACAACACCUUCUCCUUGUGCUUAUAAUAUUGGAGGUAUUAGUAAGACUGGAAAUUAUUUUAAUUCUAAAUAUUCCAGCAAUCGAGCACCAUUGUUCUCUCCAUCUUCUAAUAAAUCUAUUAGAAUCAUUAAAACUCCAGGACCAGGAACUUAUGAUCCUCCAGGAGAUAUUGCUGAUUUUAGAUUAAAAAGCAGUUCAGGUUUCAGUUUUGGAGCUUCAGAAAGGAAAACUAUUUAAAUUCGAAAUAAAGUUUGUAAAUUAAUUAUAUUUCAUCCUUUUAGAUCCUGGUCCUGGAACUUAUUAAUUGCCAUCAGAAUUUGGAGAUAUUGAAUAUCCAGAUUGAUAAUCAU